AUGGGCGGCCGCCGCGCGCACCACGAAAACGGCGAUCACCCCAUGUGUUCGUUCGCGGCGUGCGUGCCGCCCAAGGAGUGGAGCGCCGAGCGCGUGAGGACGUGCGUGGAUGAGUGCUUUGAAAAAUUGCCGAAGACGUACUACAAGGUGGAACGACGCGAGUGCGGCGGAUUGGCGCGGUCGAUGACGCACAAGGUGAAGUUUGCGAGCGGUAACUCGUAUGAGCUGGCGCUGGUGAGCGAUACGCUCGGGGCGGAGGAGGUUGGGAAGAAGUUUGAGGCGAUUCGCGAGGAGCACGCGGACCUGCGCGAACGGUCGCUGGCGUUGAAGGCGUAUUUGAAAGAGUUGAGCGGCAAGCAUAAAUUUUCGUUCGUCGUGAUCGACGAUACGACGAAACGUGUUUUUGCCGCGGCGACGCAGUUCAGCGCGCCGUUGUCGUUCGGCCAUUCGAAGGAUGGGAUGCUCGUUUUGUUUUGCGGCGCGGGGGGGAAGUCGGUGGCGACGCACUGGCCGCUCAACGAGCAAGAGGUGACCCAAUGCGCGCAGCACGGCGAGGCGGCGCGACGUCGAAGCAUUGAUGUGAGAGAUCGUCCACCCGCGAACGCGGCCGGCGGCAGUAGGCGAAGCGUGGACGGCGGUAGGCGAAGCGUGGACGGCGGCAGGCGAAGCGUGGACGGCGGUCGCCGCAGCAUCGACGAAAAAGCAGUCUUCACGUCUGAAGUCGGCUGGGUCGAUCCGGGCGCCACCGUGCCAGUGGAUUUCACUCACAACAGGAUCGUGCUCACGCAUCUCCCAGUCGGGCGCUUCGUGUACGGGCACGGGUACCUACAGCCGUACGAGUUCACCUCGUUUUGGAGCAGCGCCCAGAGCAACCGCGCCGGCGUGCCCGAGCGGGCGUUCCACAGCGGCAAUGACUGGUCAAAGGAGUCGCCCAACAGCAGCCGAAGAAGUAGUUUCGACGUCAACAGCGCCGACGGCGCGCCUCGACGUUCCAGCAUCGACGAACGUCAUCGCAAAUGGGAAAGCACCAAUUCAAAGUGCGACACCGAGGCGAGUUGGAAAAAACCCGCCGCAGAAGCGAAGCGCCCGCUCCCACCGCGUUCGCCGAUAAAAAGCCAAGAACCCAUCGUGCCUUCGCUCGAGAAAUUAUCCGUCAAGGACGGCGAGAAGAAAAAGAGCUCGCUCGGGUCAAAAAUCCGUCGAAACCUGUCUGUCGAAAGUCUCAAAAAAGCCUUCGGCGUCGCGGGCAAGAAAUCCGAAGACGCGUGACGCGAACGACCAGAUAUUCCGCCCCGCGCUCGCCUCGCGCCAUUGUAUUCUUAAACGCCACCCCAUCCGCCU